AUGAAAUGGAAUUUAAUCUUACACAAACUUGAAUGCUAUUUACACCAUGAAGUAGUCAUUUGGGGAUUACGAACUGAGUUUUGUAUCCUCGCUCCAGGCUGUCACAAAACUAAUAAUGCCAAUUUUGUCAUUCCGAAUGAAGCUAGACUUAUAGGAACAACGAAGAGAAAUGAAAUCAAAAUAAAACUUGAAUCAAUAAAUCAUGUGACAGUUUAUUUUGCUCUUACUCUGUCUCCGAUAAGACCAUCAACUAUUUUUAUUAAGAAAUUGCGGUCAAUAAAUCUUAGCAACAUGAAUUACUGUUUUUCAAAUGUCCCUUUUCCAAAACAUCCACUUUUCUAUUCAAGUAUUCAACUUCUUGCGAUUGAUUGA